CUUUUGGUGAGAGUCUUAUGAUACCGUACUGCAGCACUACCGUACGUUGGAAUUCGACUUAUUUUGAUCCUCAAAACUAAUUCGCUUGAAUAAAUCAUUAAAUUUACAAAGACAGAUAUUGGGAUAUCUUGAAUGAGAAUUGAAUUCUUGAAAAUUUGCGAGAGAUAAAUGUUCAAAGCUAUUUGAAACAAUUUGAAAUGAUAUUUAGUUUUUGGCAUGAGCUCUAUUGUAACAGUAAAGAUUUCUUUUAAAAGAUUUCGUCAUGAGAUUCUUUUAAAAUAUGCACAUUUAUAAAGGUACUAAUACAUAGCCAAUGAAUUCGGAGCUGGAUUAUUCCGAAUUUGAACUCCUUAUCAGAAUUCUAUUCGUGAGACGUAAAAGAAUGUUUAUUUUUUUCUCGAUUUAUAUUUUUGAAAAAGAAAGUAUGUUCUCUGUUGAUUCUGUCUGCGUUAAAAUAAAGUAUGUUGGCCGUAUACCGUCUAGCCUCCACGGUUUUUCGCGAUUUCCACAGAACUGAUCAGUUGCAAGCAAAUCGCGCACAUAAAAAAGCAAAUUUUAUACAGAACUUUGUUUUUUCUUAUCGUUUUUCGCGCUUUUUGCGAAACCGAUAAGAGAUAAGAGAUAGAUGUCUUCAGCAAUGUAGAAGACCUCGAGUACUACAACUUUGCUGAAGACACCAUGUUGUUAUCUCUUAUCAGCUCUGCGAAAACCGAACAAAACCGCGAGGACCCGCCAAAAACGAACAUACAUUCUUUUAACCAUUAUUAGUGGCAAUGAAACAUACUUCUCUUUAUUGCUACGAAGUUGGACAAACUUGCGUUCUUUUACGUCUCACUAAUUAAAUUAUGAAGGUUGCUACCACUUUAUUAUUGAUUUCAGGUUGAGCAAAUAUCAUCUGCUGAAUGCUCGAGAAAAAAACCAAUAUUUUCGAACUUAAUUCAAUUCUGUGUGAAGUUAAUGGUUGCCACGAAUCGAUUUGUUUGAGAAAAAUGCUUCAAAAACGACUGUCUGUAUAUUUGGGUCUGAACAUAAAUUAAUUCCAUUUGAGUAAACACUCAUCGUAUUUGUGAUAAUCGUCUACGUCACAGUUACCUCUAUCUAAUAAGUCUAAUGUAUUUUAGAAUCAGAUCGCAGUUGAGAUUUACACUUCUUUCAGUGCACCUCGCCAGCAGUUUCGGCUCAAUUUUUCGGAUUUCAAAGUAGUUAAAAUUGAAUGCGUCAUAAUGUUCAAACUCAAAGGAUUAACUCGACAAACUGGUCUGAAAAUACAACGAAAAAGAUCGUUUCCCAUGAAAUUCAUCAAAUUCAUUAUCGUUUCGUUGAUACUUGUGUGUUUAUUCAAUAAAAUGUUCAGUUUAAAGAAAUUGUUUCGUCGACGAACAUUUGUGGUGCAAAAAGAUUUAUUGGAUUAUAAUGAAGAUAGUCUUCGUACCGGAUGGCCAUUUCAAAUAACUAAACACUAUGAUAUGUAUGAUUUGCGAACGUAUACACCAAAACCGAAAGUUAUUUCCACACAAAAUUUGCCCGGUGAAAGAGGAAUGGCUGUACAGAUACCGAAUGAGAUAAUGCAAUUGGCAAACUGGUAUAGUGAAUAUCAAAUAAACAUCCUAGCAAGUGAUAAAGUCGCACCAAAGCGUUCGUUACCCGAUUUUCGUGAUCCAAAAUGUUUGAAUAUCAGAUAUCCAAGGCUAUUACCAAGUGCGUCGGUAAUUAUAGCCGUUCAUAACGAAGCUGAGUCUGUUUUGCUGCGUGCCAUUUGGAGCGUAAUCAAUCGAUCGCCAGACGAACUUUUGGAGGAACUUAUUCUGGUGGACGAUUUCAGCGACAAAGAGCAUAUGAAAGAAAAACUCGCAGAAUAUUUGCCCACUGUUUCGAGUAAAAUCAAAUUAGUGCGAACGGAAAAACGAGAGGGAAUAGUUAAAGCACGUCUGAUCGGAGCGGAAAAAGCGAAUGGUCAAGUACUAAUUUUCUUGGAUGCAAAUACCGAAUGUAAUGACGGAUGGAUGGAACCAUUACUGUCACGAAUUGCAAGUGAUCGAUCGGUGGUGGUCACUCCUCGCAUUGAUACCAUUAACAUCACUACAUCUGCUUAUGAAAAGUAUAACGACACUGCAAUCUAUGGUUUCGGUUGGAAUUUAGUGCUGCAUCUAUUCCCCAUACCCGAUCGAGAAAUUGCACGAAAUCAUGGUGAUUUGAGCGCCCCAUACCGAACACCGUCUUUGGUUGGAUGUGCCACAGCUAUUGAUCGAGAGUUUUUCUUCGAAAUAGGUACAUUUGAUACUGGCAUGCAUAUUUGGGGCGGUGAUGCGGCCGAAUUGUCAAUACGAACUUGGCUAUGCGGUGGAGCAGUUGAGAUCGUCCCAUGCUCACAUGUUGGCCACUAUUUCCGUUUCACGCCAUAUUCAUUCAAUGGCGACAGAUAUGAGGUGGAACUUCGCAACAAUUUGCGAACGGUUGAAGUGUGGAUGGAUCAGUACAGAGUUUAUUACGAUACACUAAUUCAACCGGCUUGGAAAAGAGUCAUAGGAGGUGAUGUGACCGCACGGAAGGCCCUUCGUCAGAAAUUGAAAUGUAAAGCAUUCCGUUGGUACUUGAAAAAUGUUUUCCCUGAGAAUGCAAUGAGCAUUGGGACGGAAAUUAUUGGACAUCUCCAACGAUUUGGAUCAAAAUACUGUGUAGAUCGACUAGGUCGUGCACUCAAUAGACAAAUCGGACUUUACAAAUGCCAUGGAAAUGGCUACAAUCAGGGAUUCUCGUAUCAGAAAAACCAUCAGAUUGUUUUUCAUCCUGAUUUGUGUUUAGGACGUGCAAGGAGGGAAAAUGUCAGCAAAAUCCCUCCCGAACUAGCAACCAAUGAUCAAUUCUUAAAUGAUCCAAAUCUCUUGACUCCUGAAAUGAACACCGAAAAUCACGUCGUGCUUUUACCUUGUAAUUCAACGAAUGGCGACAAAUGGGCGUACAACGAAACAAUACAUCAAAUUGGCCACGUUGAAUCGGGCUUGUGUUUUGCGACAGAAGGGUGGUUGGUGGUCGUAGCACCAUGUGACUCGAAAGAUGAAAGGCAACAUUGGAAAAUCUCCAGCUUUGAUGAAUAUCAGAGGAGUUUAGUGCUCGAAAUGCUCAACCAUAGACCGUAGAAAUCUCAAAUGAUCGCAUAUGUCUUGAAAAUAAGUUUGAGAUCAAAUCAUUGUAAAUUUUAGUCGAUUUUUUCUCUAGAAUAAACAAACUUUUCUCGGAAUA